AUGGAUUCUUCAUUAGAAUUCAAAAGGGUCUUGAGCCUUGCGGCUGCCCUUGCCCUUUUCAAUACCCUUGCCAUUCCACUUCCUACUCAUGCUUCCCCUGCGGAAGCCCAAGCUCUCCUCACGUGGAAGUCCAAUCUUGGUAACCAUUCAAUUUCUCGCCUCUCUUCGUGGACUCCCACUCCUCAUAAAGCCAUUGGUUCCAAUUCGACUGUGAGUCCAUGUGCUUGGUAUGGCAUCUCCUGCAAUCGGGCUGCAAGCGUGAUCAAGAUAAAUCUCACUAGCUCUGGUGUUGGAGGUACGCUAGACGAAUUUCCAUUCUCAUCUUUGUCUCAUCUCAUGUUCAUGGACCUGAGUAUAAAUAGUCUCUCUGGUCAUAUUCCGCCUCAAAUCGGUCUCUUGAGCAAUCUCACCUAUCUCGACCUAUCUAUCAAUCAAUUCUUGGGGAAAAUACCAUCGGAAAUCAGCUAUCUAAUGAAACUAACAGUUCUACACCUAGUUUCCAAUGAGUUAAAUGGCUCUAUUCCCCAAGAAAUCGGGCAAUUGCAGUUGCUCAAUGAGGUCGCAUUGUAUUCGAAUAAGUUGAAUGGACCCAUACCUUCCUCAUUGGGUAAUUUGAGCAAAUUGGCUAAACUGUAUGUUUACAACAACUCCCUUUCCGGUUCUAUUCCUCCUGAAAUGGGAAAUAUGACAAAUCUAGAAGUGCUCCACAUGGACACCAACCUCCUAUCAGGACCGAUUCCUUCCACUUUGGGAAACUUAACCAAAUUGACAGAGCUACACCUGUUUGCUAAUGAGCUUACUGGUUCCAUCCCACUGGAGCUAGGAAAAUCAAAUCUUCUUAGCGAGUUGUGCCUUAAUGAUAAUAAUCUUAUCGGUUCAAUCCCACCAACAUUAGGCAAUUUGACAAAACUCUCCCUUCUUUAUCUCUAUGGUAACCAGCUUUCGGGGCAAAUUCCUGAUGAGAUAGGUAAUCUCCAUGCUAUGCUUGACUUAGAGCUGAGUACAAACCAGCUCACUGGCCUAAUUCCUUCUUCUCUAGGUAACUUGACCAACCUAGGAUCUUUGUUCCUCCGCCAAAAUCAUCUUUCUGGUUCAAUUCCCGAAUCCUUAGGUGAUCUAGUAAACUUGGCAGUGUUGCAAUUGGAUACCAACCAGUUAAACGGCUCCUUACCAAAAAACUUGUGCCGGGAUGGGUUGCUCCAAAACCUUACAGUGAGUCACAAUAACUUAAUUGGUUCUAUCCCUAGAAGCUUGAGAAAUUGCACAAGCCUAGUCGAGUACGCCUAG